GUAAAAAAAUGGGUCUCACCAAACAGUACUUGAGGUAUGCUCCCUCUGGAAAUUUUAACAUAAUAGCAAGCCGUAAUUGUAAUACUACAUUUGUUGUCAUUGACAAUGAAAGUGGAAGAUUUGUUGCUGUUGGUGCAUCAGAAGACAUCAUUGUGUGGGACAUGCGUCUUUGUGAAAAGAGGCUUGUGAUUCCUGGUGAAAAACAUGAAGUUACACAGCUUGCAGUCAGUCCUAACAAAGUGACUCUCAUCGCGGGAUAUAGUGAUGGUUCUGUCAAGACAUUUAAUCUGGAAAACGCUGAAAACCUGAACACAUUCUCUGGCCAUCGUUCAGCAGUCACCUGUUUUGCAUUUGAUUGUCACGGCCACAGAGUCGCAUCUGGAGCACUGGAUGCAGAGAUUGUUGUGUGGGACUUGGUGGCCGAAAGUGGACUAAGGCGUCUCAGUGGACACAAGGGUGUUGUCACACAAGUGCAGUUCUUUACUGACAAAGACAUAUUGGUCUCAUCAUCCAAGGACACAUUUAUAAAGCUGUGGGACGUUUCAACCGGACACUGCUUCAAGACGAUUGCUGGCCAUAUUACAGAGGUAUGGGGUCUCAGUUUGGUCCGUGAUGAUGACUUUAUUGUGGCUGGCAGUGCAGAUACUGAAAUGCGGGUGUGGCAAGUAUCUGAAAUUAAACAAGAAGAAGGUAACAAAGAAAACCAAACCAUAGAUGACUGCUCUAGUAAACUGUCUCUGCUGACUUGUGCCAAGGCAGGUUCGAUCCUACGCACAGGCAAAGGCAGAGUAUUCUCACUCGUGAGUGAUCCAAACAAAUCGGUGGUGGCUAUACAUGGCAAUGACAACAUUGUUGAACUCUUCCAGUUUUUAUCUCAAGAAGAAUCUAAAAUAAAACUAAAGAAAAGGUUAAGGAAGGAAAAUAAAAAAGCAGCCAGCUCUGGUGAAGACAAGAAAGAUGUCACUAGUGCAGCUGUCAGCCUAAAGGACGUUGUGAGGAGGUUACCUGUCAUAAAGUGCUCAGCCAAAGUAAAAUCUGUACAUUUAGUAUUAGGAAAGGGAUAUCAGUUAAGGGUGGCAGCUUGUCUGGCCAACAACACAGUGGAGCUGCAUGGAAUGACAUUGGAAAGUAGCAGCAAGCAGCCUGAGCCUACCAGGCUGAGACACAUUGCUGCUAGUGGCCAUCACUCUGAUGUAAAAGCUGUAGCCUUCAGCUCAGACAAUCUGGCAAUAGUGUCAGGUAGCGGAGAUCAGAUUAAAAUGUGGAACAGGCCGUCCAUGUCCAGCCUUCGCACAGUAGACACUGGAUAUGUGUUGUGUGUGACAUUUGUGCCUGGAGAUAGACAUGUGCUGGCGGGACUCAACAAUGGAAAGCUUCUCAUCAUAGACAUCUCAGUUGGUGAUAUUCUCGAAGAGAUCCCGGCUCACUCAUCUGAGCUGUGGUCCAUAUGUCAUCUGCCAGACCAAACUGGUGUAGUGACAGGUGGUGGUGAUUGCACUGUCAAGUUCUGGCAGCUAGAGUUGGUCCCAGACUCUGUCACCAACACCAAGGCCCGAGUGCUGAGUUUGCUUCACACAAGGACUUUGCAAGUUGAUGAUGCAGUUCUUUGUGUUCGUGUGUCUUCUAAUUCCAAACUUCUGGCUGUUGCUCUGCUAGACUCUACAGUUAAAAUCUUCUUUGUAGACACUCUAAAGUUUUUCCUCCACCUGUACGGCCAUAAUCUGCCAGUUCUGUGCAUGGACAUAUCGUCAGACUGCACCAUUAUUGCCACGGGCAGUGCAGAUCGCAAUGUCAAGAUCUGGGGUUUGGACUUUGGUGAUUGCCACAAGUCUAUCUUUGCCCAUGAUGACUCUGUAACAGCUCUAGCGUUUGUUCCCCAAACUCACUACUUCUUCACUUGUGGCAAAGAUGGCAAAGUCAAACAGUGGGAUGCUGAUAAUUUCCAAAAAAUAAUCAGUUUGGAUGGUCAUCACGGAGAGGCUUGGGGCCUGGCAGUGAGUCAGAAUGGUAAGUACGUGGUGUCCUGUGGCAAGGACCGAGUGUUACGGCUAUAUGAGCGCACGGCGGAGCCCCUGGUGUUGGAAGAUGAGCAGGAGGCUGAGCGAGCGGCCGAGGAGGAGGCUACACUGGCUACAGGCACUGACACAGUCACUCCUGCCAACUUCAACCUGGCCAGUAGGAAGACUGUCACUGCUGAGAAAGCUGCAGAGCUGUUGCUGGAGUGUCUGCAGGUAGGAGGAGAGUAUAGAUCAGCUGUAACAGAGAAUGCCAAAGGUGGAUAUCCCCCUCCCCCUGCUCCGGCUAUCAUGGCUGCCUUCAAUGCUAAGACUGCUGAUGACUACUUAUUGGAGGUUAUCAAGAGGAUCAAAGCCAGUGACCUGGAAGAGACUCUUCUGCUGUUGCCGUACACAUCUGUGUGUGAGCUACUGCCACUGCUCAAGCCACUACUAUGCAGACCUCUACACAGUGAUUUGGUGUGUCGUUUGCUAAUUUUCUUGUUAAGAGUGCAUCACAGACCCAUCUCUGCCACUCCGGCUCUUCAGCCUCUUAUCACAGAGCUCGGCCUCUUAGCUGCUGCUAGGGCUGCAGAACUCAGGGAUUUAAUUGGAGUAAACUACCAUGGCCUUUUGUUUCUCCAACGAGAAGUUGAGGCCAAAGAAGGAGUUCAACUCUUCAGAGACGCCACAAUUGAGAGAAAAGAAAGGGAUAAGAAAAAAAGGAAAAGAGCUAAGGCUAUCCAGAGAGCAGUUCUAACUUUGUAAAUUGACCAUUAAAGUUUUGUAAAUAAGAAAUAACAAUAAAUAUCUGUUAUUAUAACCCUGA